AUGCCUAUACUCUCGGUCGACAAUAUCAAGGGCAAGACCUUCGACUACGUCGUCGUCGGUGGCGGGACCGCUGGUCUCACCCUCGCCGUCCGUCUCAGCGAGAAUGCCAACAAGACCGUUCUCUGCUUAGAGGCCGGUGGCGAGAACCUCAAUGACCCUGCUAUUCUGCGCCCUGCAUCCUGGGCUUCUCAUCUUAAUAACGACAAGUAUGAUUGGGCCCACAAGACAGUCGCGCAGAAGUUCUCGGACAACAUUCAAUAUGUCUGGCCUCGUGGCAAAGGACUAGGCGGCAGCAGUGCCAUCAACUUCAUGUGUUGGACUCGUCCCCCGGCGAAGGAGCUCGACGAUAUCGAGAGACUGGGCAAUCCGGGUUGGAACUGGAAGAACCUGGAUGAUAGCAUGAAGAAGCUAGAGGGGUACAUCGCGCCCACGAAGGACGUUGCCGAGCAGCAAAGCCUCAAGGUCGAGAGUUGGAAUCACGGUACAUCAGGGACUCUUCAUCACUCUUUCCCGGGAAUCUUCAUGGGUGCAGAGAAGGCCAUCCAAGACGCCCUCGUCAGUACCGGCUUCGAGUAUGCAAAGGACCCUUUGGGCGGUGACCCAGCAGGUGUCUUCUUCUCCACCCAGUCUGUAGACUCCAAGACGUACACCCGCUCGUAUUCUGCUUCUGCAUUCUUCGUUCCUGCACAGGAUCGUCAGAACCUGACCGUGACCGUCAACGCUCUCGUGAGCCGUGUCAUCACAGAGCAGGUUUCUGGCAAGGUUCAAGCCACCGCCGUCGAGUUCCUCAACGAAGGCGCGACCUACACAGUGAAUGUUGGUGGCGAAGUUGUCCUGUCAGCCGGCGCUCUCAAAUCGCCCCAAAUCCUUGAACUCUCGGGCAUCGGCAAGAAAGAGGUCCUAGACUCGUUCGGAAUCCCGGUUGUCGUUGACCUCCCGGGCGUCGGCGAGAACCUACAGGAGCACGUAUAUGCUUCCCUUCCCUUCGAGUUGAAGGACGACGUCGAUUUCGACACUCUUGACGUCCUCCGUGAUGGUGAGGCCGUCAUGAAGCACAUCGAGCUCUACAAAGAGGGCAAGGGCUUGUUCACGGCUGGUCUCAUGGGCUUGGCUUUCGGCCCGCUCAAGAUGUUCUCGGAUCGCGCCGAUGAGAUACAGCGGAAGGCGAUCGAGAAGAUCGAGGCGAACAAGGACACGUAUCCGCCCGGACUGUACGAGCAAUACCAUCUGCAGAUCGAGCGAUUGAAGGAGGGCGCCCCGGGAUGCGAGAUCUUGACCGUCCCAGCCUUCGUGUCUUUUCACGCGCCACCGAAGCCGGGCAAAAAGUACUUCUCGCUGUUGCCGUCCUUGAACCAUCUGUUCUCGCGCGGCUCGACUCACAUCAUCUCGAAAGAUCCCAAGGUCGACCCCGCGUACGAUCCUUCUUACUUCUCCGAGGAGAUCGACCUCGACAUGUUCUUGGAGUGUGUCAAGUUUGUACGAGCCUUGGCCAAGAUCGCCCCCUGGAGCGACAUGGUCGCGGCGGAAGCCGCCCCAGGCCCGGACUGUACGACGGACGAGCAACUCGCGACGUGGAUCAAGCAGCACAUGGCGACGACGUACCAUACGGCUGCGACCUGCUCGAUGCUGCCGAGAGAGAAGAACGGCGUCGUAGACCCGAACCUUGUUGUGUACGGUACCUCCAACAUCCGCGUCUGUGACCUAGGUAUUCUCCCUCUGCACUUCGCUGCGCAUCCUCAAGCCACUAUCUAUACCUUUGCCGCGCGUGCUGCCGAUCUCAUCUUGGGUCAAGCGUAG